AUGCCGCAUCCAUUGAUCAAGGAUACUGUUGGCCAGCGAAACACAUCCGCUGUAAAGUUAGCGCCGUACGUCUUCGGGGGUUCCACUUGGAGCGAAAUCCAAACCAAGAUCUUUAAGAAGUUCAAAACGAAGUGUCUUGGGCUUGCCGAACGCAACGACGAUGGCGCAUGGGCCGUAUUGGACGACGACAUUAACGAGUCACACUUUGGACGUAUCUUUGCGUUGCGUUACGGGAGCCACACUAAGUAG